CUCGAGCCUGCGGAUUACCCACGCGUCGCACAUUUAAAUAUCGAACGUCGAAGAUAUGAUUAAUUUCUUCGUUGACUUCAUGGAGACCCAUCGCCUAGGGAUAAUUGAAACAAGGCACAUGAUUCUGGAGGACCAGAUGCAGACGGGCACUCGUCAUCCUGAUUGUAAGCUGGCGGAGUUACAUUCAACCACGGUGGAUUUCCCAUAGACGGGGAUCGCAGUCAUGAUGAAUGAAUUACCAAAAGCAAUAAUUUAUAGGCCAGAUUUUUAUCUUGGACCCAGGACCACAAGCACAUAUUAUCGAUCUGAAAUCGAACUGGACCGUUAUGUAAUCCAUGAAGCCUAUGAUGAGGACGAACAUGACACGGAGCCGCGUCGUAAAUACUACAAGUCAGAUAAGAUCCUUGGCAAGCUCUACAGAGCCAUUAACGAGCGGAAGAUCUGGUAUGAGGAUGGCACGAUGCUUCGAUCUUGGAUGUUAUGUUAGGUGGACGCAUCGCGCCAGAGAGGCAAGGCGCAUUCGAUUGGCGACGCAAUCUUCAUUGCGAUGAACGACUUUUCUGGCCAUCCAGUCAACCCAAUCAGUGAACUUGAAGUGUUCAUCGGACACACUAUCAAUGCGAGUACAUAGUAGUAUAUUAUGGUGUUUUAGAUACUGAAGUUAGAUAGCAAACGCCUCCCUAUAUGCUUUUGCCUUUUUUUUUCUCUCUUUCUUUUAUCCUAGAAUGCCCCUCUCAACCGUUCCAAGAAACCGCCUGGCCGUCUCUGCCGCUGCCCCUGAUCAGAAGUAAUCCCAUCACGUCGUCCAACCCCCGUACUCGUACUCGCCGCCGCAGCAGCAGCAGCCUCCCCUUCCAACCUCCGCCUAAGAUCAUGAUACCUCUCCGUCCCCUCUCUCUCCCCAUGCCCAUGGCUAUUAUCAACACUGUAAGUUCCUA